GACGUCACCAGCAUAGGUGAGGAUUUAAACCAUGCGGGAGGCAGUUUCAGUGAGUGCUGCUCGUUUUUCUGUUUUUCCACAUAGAGGUGAAGGAAUUUCGUGAUGCCUUCGUCUGCCGCUGCCGUGGAGGAUCUGAGCGCUGUGAUGGACAUCUUCGUGCGCGAGUUCUGCGCCAACUGUGAAGGAGGCGUGGGGAGCGUCUGCAUGAGGAAGCACGCGCUGCAGAAUCUGCUCGUGAAGCACAUGCGGCCCUACCUGGCGGGUGCGUGUGACCCGGAUGAAGUGCGCAAGAUCAUGGCGGAUCUUCACAAGAACAAAGGCGCCAGCGUGGACUUCCAAGCGUUCAUGGUCACGUGGACGAGGAUCCUCGUGGCCGGCCAUGCCCCGUUCCAGGAGCGCGUGUUCCUCACCAGGGGGCCCUUUGGCCCGCCCAUUUCUGCUGAUAAGCCAAAAUAAAUUUCUAUAAAAUGAGAUGACUAAUAAAAUUGCUUGCAAACUGUC